AUGGUGCUGCCGCAUCCAACCGCACACGCCCCUCCUAGAUGUCCCGAAACCUCGUGGCUCACGCAUAUUGUGCAGGAGGCCGACGCCCAAAAGGCCCGUGAUGACAACGCCCCCCCAUCCGGGAAAGGAAAUGACGCAAAGCCCCCCACCUCGUCCUCGUCUUCCUCGGACCCGGAUGGUGGUGUGUCGAUCGAACCCGUCGCCCCUGGCUCCUUUAUCAUUGAUACGAAGAAGCGCCGACGAGAGAGUGAUGCUUCUGCCAGUAAGAAACGGGGUGAAUCUGUAGAUGAAGGAUCCAAAUCCAAGAAGAGCAAAACUACUCCGACUGAGACAAGCUCAGACCAGGACGGACCCAGCGAAUCGGAGCCGAAGCCGGAAUUAGAGCCAGAAAUAGUUGAAAAGGUGGAGGAGAAGAACCAAGGUCAGAAAGAGGAGAAGAAGAAGAAAAAGGAGGAGAAGAAAGAAAAAAAGAAGAAGGAGAAAAAAGACAAGGAGAAGGAGAACGAGAAGGAGGAGGAGGCGGAGGAGGAGGAGGAGGGAAAAAAGGAGAAGAAAGUAAAGAAGGAGGAGAAGUAUAAGAAGCAGAAGAAGGACAGAGAAGCAAAGAGGGACAAGAAGCAGAAGGAGGAUCCCGACGAGCCGAAUGAAACAAAAACCAAGACGAAAAAGGAGAAGAAAUCCAAACAAAACAAGGAACAAGGGACUGCUGAGGAGAAUGUUACUGAACAAUGGAACGUCGGUGGCCUUGAAGGGGGAGCCUCCCGUCAAAGCAAAUUUAUGAGGCUUCUUGGGGGGAAUAAGAGCGGAAGCGCGUUUGCAAACACUGCUAACACCAAGUCGGACUCUAUCAAGGCAGAGGCCGAUAUUCAACGCCAAUUUGAAGAGGGUAUGAAGGCCAAGUUUGACGGUGCCAGCCAACGACGCGGACUUGGGGCGUAA